AUGGAGGCAGCCCCGCCGGCGGGGCCCGGCGCCCCGCCAUCCCAGCCGCAGCCGCAGGCGCAGGGACCCGCGAACCCCGUCGCUGCCCUGCUGCCCAGGCUGCGGGCCAAACUCUUCACCUGGAAUAUUUUGAAAACAAUUGCCCUGGGUCAGCUAUUGUCUUUGUGUAUAUGUGGAACAGCCAUUACCAGCCAGUAUUUGGCAGAAAAAUACAAAGUGAACACUCCCAUGCUUCAGAGCUUUAUCAACUAUUGCUUGCUGUUUCUCGUUUAUACAGUGAUGCUGGCAUUUCAAUCAGGCCCCGACAGCCUUUUUCACAUCUUGAAAAGAAAAUGGUGGAAGUACAUCCUGCUGGGCCUAGCAGACGUGGAAGCGAAUUACCUGAUUGUCAGAGCGUACCAGUACACGACUCUCACCAGCGUCCAGCUUUUGGAUUGCUUUGGAAUUCCUGUGUUGAUGGCUCUCUCCUGGUUCAUUCUUUAUGCGAGAUACAGAGUGAUCCAUUUUGUUGCCGUGGCUGUCUGUCUGCUGGGCGUCGGAACUAUGGUUGGUGCAGACAUAUUAUCUGGGAGGGAAGACAAUUCAGGCAGUGAUGUUCUGAUUGGUGACAUCUUGGUUCUUGUCGGGGCUUCCCUCUAUGCCAUUUCUAAUGUGUGUGAAGAGUACAUUGUGAAGAAGCUGAGCAGACAGGAGUUUUUAGGAAUGCUGGGCUUCUUCGGAACAAUCAUCAGUGGCAUACAGCUAUUGCUUGUGGAAUAUACGGAUAUUGCCAGCAUUCACUGGGACUGGAAAAUUGCCCUGCUGUUCGUGGCAUUUGCCCUCUGUAUGUUCUGUCUGUACAGCUUCAUGCCCCUGGUGAUUAAAGUCACCAGUGCUACCUCAGUGAACCUGGGCAUCCUGACAGCUGACCUCUACAGCCUUUUCUUUGGACUCUUUCUCUUUGGCUAUCAGUUUUCGGGGCUCUACAUCCUGUCCUUCACCGUCAUCAUGGUGGGCUUCGUUCUGUACUGCUCCACCCCCACGCGCACGGCGGAGCCGGCGGGGAGCAGCGUGCCCCCGGCCCCCAGCAUUGGCAUCGACAACCUGGGCCUGAAGCUGGAGGAGAACCUCCCGGAGGCCCACUCCGCGUUCCUGUAG